AUGGAGGAGCGCCCCUCAAAUGCGAUUGCCGUGAUCCUUGUGAAUGACUACCCUCAUCUCGCUGCGUUCUCGAAUGGCCUGCAAACCCAGUACGGUCACUGGCAGGGAAUGGUUCUCCUCCGAAGACAAAACCCCAGACGCUGGUUGUUCCAAAGCGACAUUAUAGGAGCAGACAUGCACUGUUAUGUGACAAGCGGCGGGGAGACGUUCGUCAAGGGGUGCAGGCCAGAAGACGCAGAGCAGGCGUAUGUGGAGUUUCUUGACUUCAUGGCGCGGAAAGCGAGGCGUGACGCCGAGCAGGCGGUCCAGGCAGCCAAGAAGAGACUUGCACUUGCUAAAGCGAUGCGCAGGGGGUUGGCAGAGUAUACGGCCGAAGGCAAGAAGCGAGAGUUCCCGGAGGUCCAUGUCCCCAAUGCCGUCGAUGUGCAUGGAUAUGGGGAUAUAUUCUUCUGA